AUGGUACGCGAGCUCUCAGUUGAACUGUUUCAGUGUACCGGCAACCGAUCGGGAGACUCGACUCUGUCUGUAUACCAGACACACGACGGCGACGGAAAUAUACCCGUUGGUGUGUCAAGAUGCAUAGACUUGCAUAUAUUGGAACCGAUGCAUCGAAAUUUUAUUUUGACCGGCGCGGCGGUCGGUUGGCAGAACACUGCACCGGUUCGUGUGCAAGAGCUCUUAAUGCUGGCAUAUAUGAAGGAAAUGUUAAAGUUAGCAAUCAUUAGAAAGUGUAAUUGUUUUAACCGGAUUAAUAAUUCCUGUUUAUUAUUUCAGUUUCCUGGAUGUCAAGAGGCCUGCCGUUUCCACGCCGAAGCAUCUACGAGGGCGCAGCAAGCUCAACCCGUAAUUCACACAAAGGGCGAGGGUGUAAUCCGGGUAUCUGGUGGGUUAGCAGUUUGGCCUAGGCCGUCAUCGUCAAGCACAACUACGCCUCUUAUCUACGUAGUUAUGCGAAAAUCUCAAUCUGGCCCUUGGCGUCAAGUUAUUCAAACGUUAGAUCUCACCACCCGCGUUCCACUAAACUCCGAUCAACCCGGGUCGAUGUUGCGAGUGCUCGUUGUCGACCCUCAGGGAUUAGUAACCAUAUACAGCCCAGAUGAGGCAAGCGUGCGAGACGGUAAAAAGAAAAAGAAAACUAUAAACACCGAAAUUAAAGCAACGACGAGUAAAAGCACUGGAAAUGACCUUAUUGAGCCGUGGACGUUAAGAGAAAUCUCCCUUAUCCACCAGAAAGUUUUAGUGAUAGGCGAAAUCGCAUGGGAACCUAAAGCAACCCGAGGAGUUUAUUUAGUAACUUGGGAAGUUGACGGUGGUGGACUUAAGGGAAAUUUAUUCACCGACUCUACUUGUGUGACCCUGUCCUUAUGGCCUGAUACUAUUUACCACAUUCAAGUCGAGUUAGUUUCACGAACACCAGGAGUCGAGAAUCUCAAAUCGGAAAUGAUGGAUCUAGAUACGGGAAGAGCUCAGAAAGUGUCAACUGAAAGUCAAGAGGAUCUAAAUAUGAUUCAAGGCGACGUUCGUGAAGACGUUGAUUUUAAUUCUCCCUUACUCUCUGUGCUCGUUGGUGCCGUACGAGGUGAAAAGUCGAUGCACAGAUGGCACAGCAUGGAGCUCGUUUUAGGAUGCAGUGCGGCCAUAGUUUUGUUCUCCCUAAUUUUAUUAGUAACAUUCUGGCGGUGUCGGCACCAUUCUGCGUUAGAUAAUCUGAUUACUGGAUCCACGUCGAUACGAAGUCACAAACUCGUAGAAGACUACACCGGAUAUUCAGAUACAGCUUGAUGGUUAUAGUGCAG